AUGUUAAGGUGCUUUUCUUGUAAUAAGGUUUUCAAGGAUCGACAGGCAUUGAGUAAUCACAUUAAAACACAUUUAGAUAAUAGUGAUGAUGAUUUACCUUUGUCAGAUCAACAAAUUUGCAGAAUUUUUUUGAUUGAAACAACCCGAAUCUUAAAUGAAAAAAAUAUAUUUGAAAGACAAACCAUACCUGAAAAAAUGGAAACAACUUGUAAGAGAGCACAUUUUGAGCAAAAUCUGAACAUCGGUCAGGAGAAUGUUGCAUUUGAUGUAAAAGGAGCUUCUAAUGUAGAUGAAUCUAUUGAAAGACAAGACAUCGAUAUUCUAUCCUCUAGCUGCACAAGUGAAUCUCAAGGCAAUAACCUAUCUGAUGAAGAAUAUGCAGCAUCUGAUCUGUCAGAUAUGACAGAAGUUAAUGCUAAUGAUUGUGCUGAAUAUAAUGCUCUACUUACCGAAAUACCUAUUGAUUUCGAAGAUGUGUAUCAAGAAUUUUUAUCAGAAAAAUAUGCAGAAUUUAUGCACAUGUUAACACGGUUCCAUGUACAAGAUCCACUUGCCAACGUCUUUAUAAAAUUUUUCAACAAAUACUCAAAUCAUAAUGAUCAUCCAUUAUCGUUAACAUCACAGGCCAGACGAGCAUUUAUAGAAAACCUAAAUCUUCUAAAUUUUGGUUAA